UGUUUCACUGACUGCGGCGACAGGAUAUAGGAGCCUAUCUCCACUCCAAAUUACUGAAGGUAUUGCGGGUUAAGUUUUACUAUAUGAAAACAGUUUCUUACCAAAAACUGAUAGGCCUGCACGCAAAUGACCUACCGCACAAUUUCAAAGGAAUACACUUGUUUGGCCCUCAUUUGGAGCAGCUCAGGUUAAUACUGAUGAAGACUGGGUGGCAGAGAGGAGUUUGUCUUUUGGUCUGUGGUAUUAUGUUAGAAGAGAUAAAAUGCACACUGAUUUAAAUCACAUAAAGCUGCUGUGUCGCCUCCCAGAGGAUAUUCAGAGUUAAGACCACACAGUAGUAUCUUACUAGUCAAACUUCUGAUUUCUGUUCCUUUCUAGCUUCCGUAGUUGAACAGCUGAGUAAGGUUAGCCAGAAACACGAGAGAGUCAGCCUACUUCCGGAAAUGGGAUUUUAUUCAAAAUAAAAUACAAGUAAAACCAUUGCAGUUUAAAUGAAAGCGAAACAACUGGGUCGUACAUAACUACAUCAUAACAUAUAAAACACUUAACAGACUCAUCAGAUAUUAGAAAAUAAACAUAAAUAUUAACAUAGCUGUGAAGAUAAGAUGAAACAAAGGUUAAUUUAUUUUGAAAUGUAUAAGGAAAACGUAUUCUCUGAAUAAUGCGGACACCUUGACAGCUGCGUAUCAUACACUGGUGAAGUAGUUACUUAUGGAAGUACAUAACAUUGCCUCUCUGUUUGUGAAACAACCGAACCUCGCUCAUUACUGGUAACUUUAUAAUGCAGCACAAUUUGCUAACUUUAGUUUAGCUUAAAGAGGACAACUGACGACGGCACAGUGGGACGGUUACCUUUUCAACCGACAUUCACACGUCUCCGCGCUCCUCCGUUAUUAUGGGUCUCUGCCAGACGAAAUCUGUGUUUAGGGAUUAUGAAAGGUCAGGUCUUUGUCAGCCGCGGUGAAGUUAAGAGGCAAGCUGUGCCCACUAGCUAAAUGUGGGGUCUGUUCACACUUAAAUGACUGACUGGUUGUCACCAUGCCGAGCCAAACUACGUCCCCGCCGCUGACGGUGACCGUGCUGGCCGCGCUGUGGGUCAGUUUGGGUCGGUGCGAUGUCUCCGAGUCUCCGGGUCCAGGAUGUGACAAUGGGAAGCUUUAUUUGUAUAGAGACCUGCCUGAGGAUGCUGUUUUUUGGGACUGUCCAGCGUCUACAUGGCCAGAGUCUACUCAGAGACUGCCCAGUAUUGACACAGUGUAUGAUCCUGAGCCAGCCAGGCAGAUCUGCAUGGAUAAAUCUAUUUCCUACAAUCAUACAAUUCCCAACAGUGGUGCGUACAGACCAGUAAGGGCGGAGAGUGGAGAGUACUUGUACUGUCCUCCUCAACGAUGGCUCAAUAACUUGCACCAUGCAGCUACUGUUUUGCUCUACCAUCCCUGUGCUCCUCUCCACGAGCGUCUACUUCUGUCUGCCCUGGCCCGCUCCUGUCUACCAGACUAUAUCAUUACCUCACAUCCACACCUCAACAAAGACACACCAAUAGCCUUGGUGUCCUGGGGUCGCACCUUGGAGCUGACCACAGUGGCCUCCUCAGACGUCUGUGAUUGGCUGGAGACCACAGCAUCCAGAGGAAAUGAGUUUGGUGGUGUGCGCCUGAGCAGGAAGUACAACCUGCUGUUAACCUGGUCAGCUGAGCAGCACCGGACGCAACAUGCACAUCCAGAGAAACACUCCGCGAAAAUGAAGGAGUCUCUGGGGCGAUGCUGUGAGCAGACCAUCUCUUCCCGGCUGAAUGGAGCAAUGGAGGCAGAGCUAGAGUCCAACAUGAAGAAGGAAAGCUUGAAACAAAUUAAAGAUAAAGGCAAAAUCAGACAGAUAAGAGCAGCUAUACAGACAGACAACAAAACUACCGUCAGCAGGACAGGGGACGUUCAGAGCUACAACAGCACGCUUGGAUCACCAGCAGAUUCUCCUCUACGGAACAGGACUCUCUCAGAUCCUCCGAGCCUAAAGCAAGAUCUCUCUCAGUCUAAGAUCCAAAACAUAAAUCAGAGCCUUACACCCAGGCCCAAAACUCCUUUGGCAUCAAAUAUGCCUGAGACUGCACUCAGAACUGACUCUUUAGGAUCCAGGGAGUCCCAGAAAAGCAGGUUAACGGUACAGACAGCUGCACAGAAUCCAAGUCUAAAACAUACUGCCCUCCAAAACCCAAACCCCUCUGCUGGGUUGGAUGUUCUUGCAGAUGGUGUGAACAAUGAACAUAACCAUACCGCCAGCUCUGAAGCCCUGUCCCUCAACUCCAAAGACGAAGGUACAGACUCUGUUAAACACCGAAUGAAAGAGUCCAAAGAGAAACACUCUGAUAAAGACAGCGCAGCAGAUGGCAUGAUGAAGGAUAAUGAAGUAGUAGAUGUUAAAGAGAGAGAGCUGGAACAUAAGCAAACACACAGUGGAAAACACUCUCACCACAAAAGUCAAAAGACUGGCUUUGAUUCAGUUUCCAAAUCCCAGUCAGAUCCUCUGCCCCAGCAAAACCCAAACCCACAGCCGGUCAGUUACCUGCCCAACAGCCACGAUUGUGACAGCUGCAAAGCAGGCGAACACUGUGAAUGCAACAAGGACUUGGGGGCCGAGGCCCGAGCCGCCGCUGUGAAUAAGGGGUUGCUGAGGACCCCCAGGACAGACGAGGCGGUGUGGGCAGCAGCGGCACUUGGCUUCCUGCUGGUUCUCCUAACCCUGUCCGUGCUUCACACGCGCCUGUACCGCCACUGGAGGACCAUGCCCAGUCUUUACUGGCACGACCCACAGCAGGACUACGACAGCGUGGCAGAUGUGAUCCGCAGGAGGCUACGAAUUGCGAAGAGGAGGCGGAAAAGAUGCAGAAGACAGGAGUGUGUUCUUCUGCCCAGCUCCUCCAGCUCAGAUGAACAUCCGUAGAAAAAUGAAGGAAAACAGCCCUCGAGAAUGCAACCAAGUCUCACUGCAUGUAGAGGAGGUGAAUGCUGGACUGUGAGAAACAAAUGAGGCCCUCUCUCAUUGGUUGCAUAUGGACUGUUUAGAUUCUUAUAUCUGUUUCUUCUUGUGAAGGAAGCCAUGGAACGCGGGAAAGAAAAACAUUUAUUUUGAGCAUCCAGAAUAAGCGUUGUAUUAUAAACAGCCAGAACACAGAGGUAAAUCAUUUCUUAACAAAUUUAAAUGAACACUGCCAUAGAUUUAACUUUCAGUGGUCCAAAGCUUAAUUCCCCAAAUAACAAACAUAUUUACAAAAGAAGCCAGUGUAUUUUGAUGCAAGCUUAACACAACCUUUAUCAGUCAUGUGGUUCUGGAUCAGUCCAUUAACCCCUCAGGACACCCCUACAGUAUAAAUAUUACAUCAAAGAGUCCAUAGAGAAGCCCUCAGGUUGUGACACUCAGAUUUCUUUGAAUGACUUUAAAAUACAGUAUAUGUGAUACUCUCCUACACAUCACACAGUGUAUACGCCUCAUUUUGUUCACUCCAUGUAUUACAAUCAAUAUCAAGUCUCCAGUUAAGGUCCACUUUUCUACCCGAGGAUUAUUGUCAUUGUUUUGUUCUGUUUAUAAGUAGUUACAGUACUAUAGUACUGCCAUGUUGCUUUUCACCCGUGAAAGUCUUGUAUGUGAAUAUGUAAGUUGCUGUUCUAAGCAACGCUGUGUGCAGUUUGUGUCUUGUCGUUUUCCAAUGGUACGAACAUGUGAAUAGCUGAACCUUGAAGGCAUUUUUGGACAGAUUUUAGAGAAGGAUUUACGAGGACAAUACAUUUCACAGAAGCGUUGAAUGUGUGGACUGCUGCUGUUUGAAACAGUUGUUGUGGAUGUCAGCAUGUUUUCUCCUGUCUUUUUGCACCAAAAGCUGAUGUUAGUAUCUGACCAGUUAUAGCCGGACUGAUGCCAGGAUCAAUAUUCGAGUGUUUAAAAGGUCCAAUAACAAAACAUCAGCCAAUAUUGUAUUGAGCAGCAAACCUUUAAGUGCUCAAUGUAAUGAAGAUAUUUUCUGAAUUGA